CCCGCCCCCUGGUGUAAAACAGUCUGCUUCACAGUGACAGCUCAGACAAUAUGCUGGUGAGUCACAGAAGUGAAGUGGACUAAACCCCCCCCCCCCCCAGAGUUUCCACGCACAUUCAGGGUUGAGAUGGUUCACUGAGACGCAGACCCUUUUCUUUUUCUACGUGGACGUUUAAAACAACUGCUAAGAACCAUGAACGCUCUUGCCAAGGCUUUGUAUGACAACACUGCAGAGUGUGCAGAUGAGCUGGCCUUCAGAAAAGGAGACAUCGUCAUAGUGAUGGAUCAGAACGUGGCCGGUACCAGCGGCUGGUGGAUGUGUUCUCUGUACGGACGCCAUGGCCUGGCUCCUGCAAACCGACUGAAGCUCUUACCACAGACAGUACCCACUGCAGGCCCCUUAAACCAGCCCAGAGACAAACCUAAAUUAUCUGAUGCUCAGAAUGACGACAGCCAGCAAAAUAUCUAUCAGAUCCCAAGUGUGCCCCGCCCUCAAGGCAGCCCGGCUUAUGAACGAAUGGACAUGAUCUAUAAGGUCCCAUCCACUCCUUUGUCUGCAUCGAGAAGUCCCAUCUCCUCAGGACUUAAACACAGCCCAGAAGGACCAGAAGGAAAUAAGGCUUUACCGUUCGGCUCAGCAUACAGCCCAAAAGGGGAAGUUUACGACGUUCCAAGUCAAGCAAGAAGAACCUCUCUUUUCACCGUGUCAGCUACUCCACAACAUUCGGUCCGAAAACACUCACUUGUUCCAAUCUCGGAGCUGGAGAAACGAUUUGACUCUCUGGAGAGUUUAAGGUGCAGCAGUCCAGGAGACGCUUAUGUUUAUGCAGUUCCACCAACGUUGCCCCAGGACCCAAACUAUGACAUCCCUGUUCCCUCGGCCACUGAAGCCCAGAAUAAAAUGAUCAGUGGAUUCAGGACGCUACCCAGCCCUCGCAAACAUGAGUGGAUCUACGAUGUGCCAGUGAGUCCUGACAAACAAAGCCCCCCUCAAAGUUUCCAGGAGGGCAUUCCAUCCAAGACUGUCUGCAGGAAGCUCUAUGACACUAUGCCAACCCGACCCAUCCAAACCACCUGUCCAUCCCCUUCGCUUUAUGAUAUACCAAAGCCCAGCUCCCUUGACACCCCAAGUCCUCCCAAACUUUUGCCGAGGAUCCCGAUUUAUGACAGGCCUCCAACUCAAGAGGUUACAGAGGAGGAGUUGGUGUAUGAUGUUCCACCCCAUGAGGAACCCCUAACCAGAGUUGUCAGUGACACCCCUAAUGAUCAUAUUCCACUGGAGUGCAGGGUGGAUUCCAGUAAUGCCCAUGAACACACCAGCGCACGUCUGUAUCGAAUAAGAAACUUCCUUGCCUACACAUCUUUACGUGACCGACCAGGAAGUCAAGAGUCAUUCGCAUAUGAGGACGAUGAGCGAAGCCGAACGAUGCGUCUCUCUGCAGUUGAAAGUCAACGGAUCAGCACGGCAUCGAGUUCGUCCACCAGCUCGUGCGACUCGCUGCCCCUGAGCUCGUCUUCUCCAGAACCUUUGCGAGAAGUGACUCUACGGCAGGAUGAGGCCAGUCGCAGACUUCUGGAUCUGAAGGAAGCUGUUUGCAAAGCCGUGCCCCGGCUCAUGGAGUUCGUCAGCAGCCACUGGAGGAGCAAAGAACAUUUGGAGAAACACCUCGAGGAGAUCAAACAAGCAGCGGGGGAAAUUGCUUGCGCUUUGACGUCCUUUCUGAACUUUGCUUUGGACGUUAAGGGAAACGCCCGUCGUUUGACCGACACCAACCUGCAGACCAGACUCUAUAAGCAGCUUUCCAUCGUAGAGGACUCAGGUGUGAUCCUUCAGCAGACAGUGAGUGCGCUGAAUGUGGCAGGUUGGCCUCUCAACACUUUAUGUCAGGACUCAGGACAAGUCCAAACGCCUGACCAGCUAGAGCGCUUCGUUAUGGUGGCACGCACUGUGCCAGAGGAUGUGAAACGCCUCGUGUCAAUUAUCAAUGCCAACGGAAAGCUUCUGUUCAGGGCCCCACAGAAAGAGCCAGAGCCUUUAAACACCACAAGGCAGCCAGAAAUACAGAAAAGUCCAGAGAGAACUGAGCAUGAAGGAGACGAGGAGGACGAUGACAAUGACUACGUGGAGCUACAGACAAAAACUGAUUUUGAAAAGCAACAAGAGGAAGUGCAGAAGGAACCAAAAGAAAAUGCUGCACCAGCAUCUAACAUCGCACAGGGUGAAACAAAGUGUCAUUCAUCUGAAUCCUCUGGUGGAACGGAUGAACCUCGUGCUUCCUCCUUGUCCGAACACUGCAGACUGUACUUCGGCGCUCUGCAGAAGGCCAUCGGAGGGUUUGUGGGCAGCCUUCAGGACGGACAGCCGCCGGAGAAGUUCAUCUCCCAAAGCAAGCUGGUGAUCAUGGUGGGCCAGAGGCUGGUGGACACCCUGUGCAGGGAGGCCCAACGUGGAGGGUCCAGCCAGAGUCUUCUGUCUAAGAGCAGCCACCUGUGUGCUCUCCUGAAGCAGCUGGCUGUGGCCACCAAGAAGGCAGCGCUGCACUUCCCGGACAGGCAAGCUGUGUACGAGGCUCAGGAAUUCGCAAAGGAACUGGCCCAAAGAGCACAGCACUUUCGUUUAUCACUUGACCUUUGAGAACACAUGCAUCAACAUGACAAAUCCUCUGUAAAGCAAAAAA